AUGGCAAUUUCCGACAAAGAAAAAGUCUGGAAGCCAAUAUGCGUGGCCUCAACAAGUGUGCAAACGGGGCCACCGACCGAAUCUACUGAUGAUAAUCACUACAAGUCCGUUAUAUGGAGCCCUGAUGGCACCACACUAUUAGCAAACUCAGCCGACCAUCACAUCAGGUCUUAUAUUCUUCCCCCGGACCUGCUAGAGAUGAAAUCUCCACACCAUUUAUCACCAUAUUCAACACUUCCUUCAGCAGAGCCUACCUACGCCACAGCGAUCUAUCCAUUCUACAAUCUUCAAGAUCCAUCCACUACUUUAUUUCUUUCUUCCGUCCGUGAUCAUCCAAUUAGGCUGGCUUCGACACUUGCUCCAACAUCUGUAGCCAGCUAUUCAUUGGUGAAUCCAACAACAGAGGCCUUCAUCACGCCACACUCCAUCAUCUAUCCAUCCACCCUGGGAGGAACCCACUUUCUGACGGGCUCGGACAGUAUGCUUUGCCUUUUUGAUGUAUCUCGCACAGGGGCAAGUGGCCCAGUCUCAUGGAUGCCAACAAUCCCCAGCAAGCGCAAACAAAUUGUUGGUGGAGGAAUUGGCAUGAAAGGGAUUGUUUCGGCUUUGGCCAUCAACCCAACUGGCGAUGGCAUUCUAGCCGCAGGAACCUUCACACGACACGUGGGACUGUAUAGUUCAAAUGGCUCUGGGGAGCUUCUCGGCACCUUCAGUAUUGCAAAAACAGACGCCAACCGCGCUAUCGGAGGCAGGGGUGUCACUCAGCUGUCCUGGAGCCCGUGUGGGCGGUACCUGUAUAUCGCGGAGCGCAAGAGCGACGGCGUCCUGGUAUAUGACGUUCGAGUCACCGGCCAGAUGCUAGGCUAUCUUCGGGGGCGCAACGCCAUGACAAAUCAACGCAUGGACAUCGACAUUGUCUCUGCUGGGGCCGAUGGUGCCCAUGAAGUCUGGGCAGGGGGCACAGAUGGAGUCAUGAGGGUAUGGAAGAAUCCUAUCUAUUCUGCCGGCGGGCAAGAUCCAGAUUGGGAGUUCAAGGUGCACGACGAUGCUGUUUCAAGCACGGUGUUUCAUCCAAUGGGAAGUGUGGUUGCGACGUGCUCUGGUCAGAGACACCGGGCGGCAGACAACUCGCCAGAGGACGGAAGCUCGGACGGCGGUACGACCCAGGCUGAUAAUAGCUUGAAGGUAUGGUCGAUGCCGUUCCUGGACUCCAAUGGCCUGGUCGAUGACCUAGAGGAUGAGGCACAACAAGACCGUUGA